AUGUACAGAGCUUAUCUGCAGGAACUGAACAGAAUGGCUUCAUCAAAAGCAUCUAGCAAGUUAAAGGCUAUAUUGUUUCUGGGAACAGUCAGAGAAAAUCGAGUUGGAUUACGAGUUGCAAGAUUUAUGAAGAAACAGCUUGAAAAAAGAAAUUAUGAGGUUGAAAUGUUUGAUCCAUUAGAGAUGAAAUUCCCCAUGCUGCAUAAGCCAGUACAUUUCUAUGGACCAGAAAGAAAGGGAUGUCCUCAGUGGCUUCUGGAUGCUGAGAACAAAGUCAAGGCAGCUGACGCUUUCAUUGUUGUAUCUGGGGAAUACAACCAUUCCAUACCACCAGCAUUGUCUAACAUGCUAGAUCAUUUUCCUGGAUCAAUUUUUUCAUAUAAACCCAGUGCAAUAGUGUGCUAUUCUCCAGGUAUUUAUGGAGGAAUGAGGGCAGCCAUGGCAUUGAGACCACUGCUCAGUGAAAUAGGAACAUUAUCUGUCUCUAAUAUAUUUGGGAUUCCAGAAGUUCACAAAGCCCUGGACGAGGAAGGUGCCCCCAAAAAUGACCAUAUGGAAAAAGGUGCAGGCAAACUUCUCGACCAGUUAGAUUGGUAUGCAACGGCCAUGAAAAAUCAUAGGAACACUGCAGGAGUACCUCAAUAAAUUGUCUUUUCAUUUUAGGACUUAGUCAAAAUCUAGAUAUGAAUUUUUGUUGUUUUAAAGUUGAAGUUUACUCGGUUAUUACUGAUUGUUUGAAUAUAUACUAAAUAUAUUUGCAGUGCAAUGAUUUUAACAAAAAUCUAAUUACUGUAAACCAACUGAUUUUCACAUAUACUUUAUUUCUAGUUAAGCCCUAAGCAAUUUAAUUUCAAUAUUUUCAAGUGUACUUGAUGUAGUAAAAUAAAGAAAGAUUUGAAAGUUAAAUUUACAUACUGUAUUCAAGAUGAUUUUUAUUCAUGUUAUUUUUCUACUUGAUUAAAUCGUUCACGAAAAUUAGUUGGUUUACAGUGUUUAGUUACAAGGCUUGAAAUUAAUGCUAGCAAACUGGCAAACAUGCAAGAUGAAACUUUCAGACUCUUACCCUUUGUUUGUUGCAAAAAAAGUGACUAGCAACAGUUUGGUUUUAUGCCAAGUUUGAAUAAAAGCAACAAUAUUGACUAUUAUUGGAAUUUAAAUGAUAACAAAUGUCAUUUCAGAAGUGUUAAAGUUUCUUAGUUUUUCUUUAUAGUACAGCUUCAAAUUACCAUUUCACAUGCAACAUUAUAAUAUGUGAGUUUUGGUAAAAGUAAACAAAUUAUAAUGGGUUAGCAAAUGUAUGAUAGUAAGAUUUAAGUAUAUAUUUACUAGCAAAAUUUGCUUCUUGUGUUAUUUUCUUGCCCUGAGACAUAAUUAUUAUAUUUUCUACUUGGUUAAUAGAGUUUACCAUGUUAAUUAUGUAGUAUUAUUUUUUCUUGUAAUAUAGUUUAAACAUUUCAUUAUUAAUUGUUACGAUUAAGAGUCAAACCUGCUAUAAAGGUCACCUUGAUUUAUAAAGGAAAAAAAUUCUCGUCAGAUCACCCUCUUCAUUUCCUGCUAGUAAUACAUAUGAAACAACAGGAUCCAACAGCAUGGAGACCUUAUUGACGCAAAAAAGAUGGAGAUGGAUUGGCCAUGUUCUUAGAAGACCAGCAGAGGACUUGACCAGAGUUGCCCUAAGAUGGACACCUGAGGGGAAAAGAAAGAAAGGACGCCCCAAAACAACUUGGAGAAGAACAGUUGAAGCUGAAAUGAAAGAACAUGGAAUCAGCUGGGGCGAAAUAGAAAAGAAAGCACAGAACAGAGAUGAGUGGAAAGAUCUAGUCCUUGCCCUAUGUGCCUCCGGGCAUAAUAAGGACUAGGUAGGUAGGUAAGGUAAUACAUAUGCAUUUUAAACAUCAAUUAAAAGGUUACUUACAAUAACAUAAACAGCACCAAUUGUAUUGCAGCAGAUGCUAAUAGACCCAAAUAUUUAAAAAUCCAAAAUUUAUUCAAAAAUUAAAGAGCUGUUAAAACCAAAAAAUACAAAAAGUAAAGCCAAAGCUGGGCAAGGAAGCUUUGUAUGAGGAAGAUAUAUUCUUUAAUUUAAAAUAUUUUCCAAAAUUUUGUAACAAAUUUCAAUAAGGCAAGUUUUCUCUAGUUACAACGGUGACCUUUAUAUGCAGGUUUGACUGUAUAUGGAAAUAAAUGUACUAAACAUCCAUUGCAUAAUAUUGAUCAUAUAAAUGUCAACAAUGAUAGGGGAGGUAAUUGAGAAUAAUAUAUUUUAUUUUAUAUAUAUUUUAGGUCUUAGAUAUUAAUUUCGUAUUCAUUUUUAGAAAUGUUGUAAGACAGGGAUACAAGUGGGAUGAGCUAAGAGAAAUUAAUAUCGUGUAAAAAUUUGGCACACGGAUAACUAAUUUAUACAACUUGGUAAAUAAUGUGCCAUUACAUUAAAUCUGUCAUUAACAAUAUUUUCAUAAUCAUCUAUCAACUUUUCAUAAGACAGUGACCAUUCAUAAUUUCUUCUUUUUUCUGGGGGAGGUUUUUUUUUAAUGAUUUUUUUUUUCUGAAUUUCUUGAAAAAUAAUUAUUUGUCCUUAGGGAAAAAACAUGCCCCCCCCCUUUCCCCCUAAAAAAAGAUAUGUGCCUAAAUUUAGAGACAUUUGUAAUGUUUUGCUCAUUAUGAUGAGUGAUUGUUAACUGAAUCACAUUGUGUGAACUGUAACAUAGCAAUUUUUUAACAAUGGUAAAUUCCAACUAAGUGUAUAUCUAACAGUAUUGAAUGCUUUCCAUUUUAAAUUUUCCUUGGAGUUUGGUAUUUUUGUUAUUUUACUUUUUAUUGUGCUUUUAAUGUGCAGAUAUUUCAGUAUGAACCAACAUUUCUCAGGACUAUUUUUUAGGGGAAUGAUAUGUCAUGAAAUAAUUUUUUGAGUGGAAUGAAGUGUCAUGACAUUAUUCUUGGAGUGUCAAAAAAUGUUAUGACAUUAUUCUUGGAGUGUAAUAAAAAGUGUAAUAAAAUGUCAUGACAUUAUUUUUUAAGUGGUAUAAAAUGUCAUGACGUUAUUCUUGGGGUGGUAUAAAUUGUCACGACACUAUUCUUGGAGUGGUGUAAAAUGUCAUGACAUUAUUCUUGGAGUGAUGUAAAAUGUCAUGAUAUUAUUCUUGGAGUGGUAUACAUUGUCAUGAUAUUAUUCUUGGAGUGGUAUACAAUGUCAUGACAUUUUUCUUGGAGUGGUAUACAAUGUCAUGACAUUAUUCUUGGAGUGGUAUACAAUGUCAUGACAUUAUUCUUGGAGUGGUAUACAAUGUCAUGACAUUAUUCUUGGAGUGGUAUACGAUGUCAUGACAUUAUUCUUGGAGUGGUAUACAAUGUCAUGACAUUAUUCUUGGAGUGGUAUACGAUGUCAUGACUUUAUUCUUGGAGUGGUAUAAGAUGUCAUGACAUUAUUCUUGGAGAGGUAUACAAUGUCAUGCAUUUUUUUCAUGGAAUGAUCAUAACAAUAGCAAUUUUUGAUAUUGUUGUAAUUUCAUAGUAUUUUCUUACAUAAAUGUUUUAAAUGAAACAUUGCAUAAUUAAAAUGAUACCUCAAUCAAAAGUUUAAUGUGACAGUUUCAAGGCAGUAGUUAAGGGACUGUUGGAACUUGGACUGCCAGUGAACAGUUGACCACCAACCUACAUUUUAUUUGCUAUUAACAUCAUGACAUUAUGACAUUGAUCUAUUGCCACUGUACUUAUGUAAUAAUAAUUUCUCAGCCAGUUUAUUUAAUAGAAAUUUGGUUAGAUCUGAUUUUUUUUUUGCCAUUGUAAUGGGCUCAGUGAUAAGGUUUGAUAAGGGUUACCUUAUCUCUGGUGAUAUUCAGUUUACAAUUGACUAUUAUAUGUUGUUUAUUUAGAAAUUUUUGCAUUUUUUUCAAUUCUUGGGAAAAAUAUGAUUGAAUUUAUCAGUUAAUUAAAGGUCUUAAUUUACAUUCAAAUUUUAUUAUUUAUAUGUAGCAUUUUCUAAAAUACUUUUAAAUUAAUCUCACAUAUUUUGUGUGUUUAUCAACAUUUACAUUUUUAAAUGAACACAUUAAUUUCUGUGUUUACAGUGUAUAUUUAGUGAUAUUUUAGUUCUUUUUUACUUAUUUAUCAUUUCUACUUUUUGUAUGUUUUCUUUUAGAUGUUUUUUUUUGUUUAAAUAAUGAUAUGUGUUCAUUUUCCAUGAAUUAAAAUAAUCCAGUUGCAAUCCGUACUUUAGUUUUGAUUAUAUGCUAUAGAUCAGAGCUAAGUUAUUAUGUUCGUUUGUUUUGUUAAACACAUUUUUGUCAAUAUAAUGAAAUUUUAUGCAACUGUCAUACAAGUGAGAGGUUUGGCUAGCUGUAAAACCAGGUUUAAUCCACCAUUUUCUACAUAAGUAAAUGCCUGUACCAAGUCAGGAAUAUAAAAUUUGUUUUUUAUUCGUU